AUGCAACCCAACUCACCAGCCCCAGGCUUGUACAUCACAGGACUAGGAUCCCAAUAUCCGCCAUACUUGCUACGUUCCGAGGACCUUGAUCAACUCGCAGCGCGCUUACACGAUGUGAGCAGUCCAGGAAUCCAAAAAUUGCUCCGGGUCAAUCGUUCAACGGGGAUUGAGACCAGAUCUGCAGUCAAACCGUACGAGGCAGGAUUUGCAACGCAGACGGACCCAUCUUCAAUCACCGAGAUUGAUCAAUUUUUCCGUCAAGCUGGAGUCGACCUGGCCAUCCGAGCAUGCCAAAAGGCCCUCACAGAAGCACGGGUGUCUCCCCAGCAAAUCACCCACACGAUUGCGGUAACCUGUACCAACCAAGGUAACCCGGGGUACGAUUUUCACGUGGCCCGUGAAUUGAACCUCCCACCCCAUGUCGAUCGCAUGCUUCUUCACGGCGUUGGAUGUGCAGGUGGGCUAUCAAUUUUGCGAGCCGCGGCGCAGAUAGCCGGUGGAGCAAGUCUACGACGGAAACCGGCCCGUAUUUUGGCAUUUGCUUGUGAGCUGUGUACGCCGAAUGUGCGACAUUAUCUGUCUAUGGCAGAGUGUAGCACGGAUACCGAUCAGGUCAACAUCGCAGCGGCUUUGUUCUCGGAUGCUGCGGCCGCUUUUGUUCUUUGUAAUGAGUACGCUACAGCUCAGGAUGAGAAAGUCACUCCUCAAUUUGAGCUUCUUGAAUGGUGUUGUGAUUUGGUCCCGGACACCGCUGAGCAUAUGACAUUUUAUGCUGAUAUAGAUGGUUAUCGAGCGAGUCUCGAUCGAGAUAUUCCCAAAUACAUCAAAAGUGCGAUCAGACCGAUGUUUGAGAGACUUCUGCCAUCAUACGAUGAGCAAUUCAAGUCUCGUUCAACAGCAGAAGGACAACUGUUAAGCCCUCUUGGGAUCUGUGAUUUCGACUGGGCCUUGCAUCCUGGAGGGAGAGCUAUCAUAGAUGGCGUAGCAGAAGUCUUGCAGCUUUCUGAGGAUCAACUGCAAACAAGCCGGGAGAUAUAUCGCACACGUGGAAACUCAUCUAGCGCAUCGGUCUUGAUUGUCUUGGAUCGGCUUCGUUCCAAGAGUAAAAAGGCCCACGUUGUUGCUACUUCCUUUGGCCCCGGUCUGGCAAUUGAAAUGGCACUCUUAAGAAGGUGUCAGAUGAAUAUGUGAUGACCUCUAGGGCUCGAGUGCUUCCAAGAUUUACG